AUGCUUCACGGAAACUCUAUUAGAAUCUUGACGGGGAACAGUCACCCCGAGCUCGCCCAAGCAGUGGUCGAGCGGCUAAAUGUCCGUCUCACUCCUUGCACGGUCAAGAAGUUUUCGAACGGGGAGAUCAACGUCAAAAUUGCGGAAUCGGUUCGCGAUGAGGAUGUUUUCAUCAUCCAGUCGGGGUGCAGCGACGUCAACGACAACCUCAUGGAGCUCCUAAUCCUGAUUUCCGCUUGCAAAGGUGCUUCAGCGCGGCGGAUUACUGCGGUGAUCCCCUGCUUCCCUUAUGCGAGGAUGGACAAGAAGGACAAGUCCCGAGCGCCCAUCACCGCGAAGCUGGUCGCCAAUAUGCUCGCCGUAGCUGGCUGCGACCAUGUCAUUACCAUGGAUCUGCACGCCAGCCAGAUCCAGGGGUUCUUCGACUUCCCUGUAGACAACCUCUACUCGGAACCUCUCAUGAUCUCGUAUAUCAAACAACACAUUGAGGGUUGGAAGAACAGCAUAAUCGUCAGUCCCGAUGCUGGAGGUACCAAGCGGGUCACGGCGAUUGCGGACAAACUUGGUGUCGAGUUUGCUCUCAUCCACAGGGAAAGGUCCAAAAAGCCUAAUAGCGCCCCAGAAAAAGUGGAAGUGUUGGUCGCAAUCCUCAUAGAUGACAUGAUAGAUACCGGAGCCACACUGGCUCUUGCAGCCCCUUUACUCAAGGAGAAAGGGGCAUCAAAAGUUUAUGCUCUCAUUUCUCAUGGACUCCUAUCGGAAACCAACAUGAGUAUGAUUCAGGAGUUACCAAUAGAACGUUUGGUGGUUACCAACACCAUUCCUCAGCAACAACAUACCGAUGGGUGCAGCAAGCUAAUUACUAUGGAUGUCAGUCCCACCAUCGCGGAGAGUAUUCGCAGGACCCACAAUGGAGAGAGUAUUAGUCUGCUAUUUGGUGAUUGGGCUGAAGGCGCUGGCGUGAACGGCUAUUGA